AUACUUCUGUCUCCAAAUAGCAGUACUUAGAAUAGCUUGGCUUGAUGCCGCUCCCCAUAUGAUAGCACGAAUCCCAUUGGCUGUGGAGAGAGAGGUAUGCAUCUUCCACCAUCCUAGUCCACGCUUGUGGGCUGGGAAGGCGACAAAGGCUGGCAAUGUGCACGAAAUUCCUUCAAGAAGCACUCUGUGCUAGGAGGCAGGAGGUGCUGUAACAAAAUAUUUUGCCCUCCCUGCUCAAGUUAGGCAAGAUCUGUCUGACAGGACCUUCAGUUCCAGGCUUUGAGAUAUGUACAUUAACCUCUGUCCGAGAAGAAAGUAAUACUAGAAAGUAGAGACUACAGAGAAGAUUGUGGCAGACACAACUGGGGCUGUGCCCCUCUCGAAUCCGAACAUUCCCAAGCUAUUGGACAAUGUAAGGUGAAAAAUUCUCUCUGAAAGUUUGCAAGAGUGCCACUUUCCUCACCAGCUGGCAACAUGCAUGCCAGUAACUACUCGACUGUCAUUGCCACAGAACAGAUGCUGGAAGAGUCCUACUUAUCCCCAACCAACGUCUCCUCUUUGUCCCACUGCUCUGUUAACCUCUCCAGUUACCAGUUUGUGCUUAUCCCAGUGCUCUACUGCAUUCUCUUCAUCUUCGGGCUGGUGGGAAACAGCCUGGUGAUUGCUGUGCUGUGUCGACAGAAAAAUCCGAAGACUGUGGCCAAUGUUUACAUUGUCAACUUAGCUGUAGCGGAUUUAUUGGCCCUGGUCACGGUGCCAUUUUGGGCCUCUUAUUAUGCUUAUGGAUAUAAUUGGCUCUUUGGCUCAGUGAUGUGCAAACUAUCCAGCUCAGUCUUUGGCCUGACCAUGUUUGCGAGCAUCUUCUUCAUUACGUGCAUGAGCAUGGACCGCUACCAGGCAAUUGCCCACCCAUUUCAGUCGCAGCGACGGACGCUGCAGCAGGCUUCUGUGACUGCACUGCUUGUUUGGGGUCUGGCUGCCUUGACCUCCCUGCCUGCCUUCUAUUUCCGAGACACCCAAUACAUCGAAGAUUUGAACGUGACUGCCUGCGUCAUGGCCUUUCCAAAUGAGACGUACUCUGAAUGGUCAGCUGGGACAGCCUUAAUGAAAAACACUCUUGGUUUCCUGAUACCCGUGGCCAUCAUAGCUACGUGCUACAUCUGGAUAAGGGUACACUUGAUGAAAGCCCGAGGACUGGAGAAGAACAAGCAGAAAAGGGAUCGUGUGUUGAAAGUGGUUGCUGCUGUCGUUGUGGCCUUCUUGAUCUGCUGGCUCCCGUUCCACAUUCUGACCUUCCUGGAUGCCCUGACCUGGAUGCACGUGAUCAAGGAGUGCUGGAUUGUGUCUGCCAUCGAUAUGGCCCUGCCGUUUGGGAUCUCCAUGGGAUUUGCUAACAGCUGCAUCAAUCCUCUGUUGUACUAUUUCAUUGGCAACCAGUUCCAGGAUAAACUACAUUUGUUUAAGCUAAGACUUUAUCAGUUCAACAGCAACCGGCAAGGCUUCCUUUCAAGCAAAAGCAGCUCCCUUAAAGAUACUGACAUCCUGAAAGAUGCCAAACACAGAGAAGGCGACUCGGGAGUGAUGCAGACCCACCCACUAUAGGUUUCCUAAGCAGCAUCUGGAAAUUAUUACAAGAGGACUUUUUCCCUUCUCUUUCUCUCUCUCUUUGUUCUUUCUUAGAUUGUUUGCUGCAUGUUUUCCAGGACAAACUGUCUAAUGAAGAUUUUUUUGUUUUCAAGUUUCCAUGGGGAUUUCUUUGGAAGGGCUGCCACAUAUUAAUUCUUGUUUAACUAGGGGUGUCAUUUAUCACUAAUAAACAUCUGAACAA